AUGUCAAGCCAAGUGAAUAAUCAAGGAGGAAAGCAGCUGAGCAGAGCCAGUUCAGGGAAAAUCAUAAAGAAAUUAACAAUCAGCACAAAUGACGAAAAAUCAAGCGACUUAGAGAAUUUUAUAGCUCUUGGCAAGAACUCCCCUCAUGCUGUUAAUCUUGGAAAAAGCAAUGCUUUGGGAAGUCCAAGCAAUGCUGCAAACUUAGUUUUUUCCUUUUCAAAUCCAUCUCAAAGCCAAAUUGAUAUCAAUAGUAAAAUAAAAUCGCCUUCUCGGUAUGUUUUUUCGACGCACAGCCAUAGUAAGAUUUUUGCCACUGGAACACCUAAAGCACAUAGCUCCUCUAAUUCUCUUCUUAUGAAUUUUUUAGAAAAAUUAGCUUAUUUAUUACAAAUAAAAUAAAAUUUUUUAAAAAUUUUAAAAUAGUAAAGCAAAAUUCUCAUCAGAAAAUCCUUACCCCGAGAGCAGCUAGUUCUUCAAGUUUUAACACUACCAAAAAAGAGCCAAUGCAAGAAAAGAGUGUUAACUCUUUCCAAACACCAAAAAAGCCCAGCACAAAUGAGUGCACUGUAAACAGCGUAGUCACACGAGUCCAGCAAAAUAAAGUCAACGACACCCCUUACAAAGAGCAUCUAUUCCAAACUUUUCAGUCAUUAAAAUUUAUCAAAAACUUAAGGCCUCCAACAAAUGAAGAACUGGCAAGCAAAAUCGUGAAUUUGCCAAAAAGAAGGGGCUAUGAGUACAAAAAAACAGUAGUUUUUGACCUGGACGAAACCCUUGUGCAUUGUGUUGAAGAUGCAAAUAAUGCUCAUGUGCCUAUCAGUAUUGAUUUUCCAACUGGAGAAACCAUAACUGCAGGAAUAAACAUAAGACCAUAUGCUAAAGAAGUCCUUAUGGCUGCAAACAAAGAUUAUGAAGUCAUUGUGUUCACAGCUUCUCAUAAAUGCUAUGCUGAUAGAGUUUUAGAUUUUCUUGACCCAACAGGGGUGCUUAUUCACCACAGACUAUAUAGAGAAAAUUGUUUAUUUAUUGAUGGAGUCUAUAUAAAAGACUUGAGAAUUCUUGCCAAUAGGCAAAUUAAAGACAUUGUUAUCGUGGAUAAUGCUGCUUAUAGUUUUGCUUAUCAAUUGGAUAAUGGGAUACCGAUUAUUUCUUGGCAUGACGACAUGACGGAUAGAGAGCUGUAUAAACUUAUUGAGUAUCUGAAAUCUUUAUCAAGAAUACAUGAUAUUAGAAUAGCUAAUAGACAGACUUUCCAUUUGGAUUCGUUCUAUACAGACUAUAUUAGAGACUUUAUGAGGCAGACAGAUAAAGAAAACAUGCCACCCUCUGAAUAA